AUGACAGAUCCUUCAAUGGUGGAUCACCUGACACAACUGAAACUCAAACUCCUGGAAAAGAGACUGGAAAAUGAACAGGAGAACCUAGAGAAGAUGGAGUCACCUCUCUCAGCUGCAAGGAAUGGACAUGAGGAUAUGUUCCGAAGUGCACUAAGGCGAAGGAAAAACCUCCUGCAAGAUCUUAGAGAGCAGCACCUUCUGGAAGAGCUUUCACAGCCCCCUGCACCAGCUGGAGGUCAGUGCCAUAACCACAGAGCUGCCCCCUCACAUGUCUACCAGAUACCUUUUCCAGCUCCCCAAGUGGAGCCACCAAGGAUUAUCCAGCAGACGAUGCCACCUCAGCCUGCCACCAUCAUCCAGCAGUUACCUCAGCCACCCCCUCUGAUCACGCAGAUUCCCUCAGCCCAGCCUUUGGCAGCCCUCCGUUCUGGAAGCAUUAAGGAAGAUAUGGUAGAGAUGAUGCUGAUGCAGAAUGCUCAAAUGCACCAGAUCAUCAUGCAGAACAUGAUGCUGAAGGCUCUGCCACCGAUGGUAUUCGCACAGCCUACUGGAGCCAGCUCUCCCCCAGUUCAGCGUGCACAGCAGGACCUGCAGUUUGCUGCUCCCCUGGCUGUGAAAGCAGACAGACCCAGGCCAUCUGCGGUGCACCACCACCACCACUACCCUCCCACAGGGAUGCUCCCAGUGCCCCAUGGGGCCUUCCCGUCCACAUCCUCAGCACAUCCUUGGACUGGCAGCCCACUCCCUGCCCUGCCCACGUGGCCUACAUUCUGA